AUGCCCGUUCUUCGUCGACACUGCCAGCGUACCUCUCCGGCUGCGGGUGGCCGCCGGUAAUGGCUUGCGUAUGCACGCACGAGUAGCCAAACAGGCGGAGAGAGGACCACCAGGGGCGUAGGCAUGAACCGCAAAGGCCCACACACAAAGGCUGUUGGGCUCAGGUAGUAGUCCUGUUUGUCCGUUGAACAGAUGUCUGUAACUAUGCUGCCAAAAGACCUCUGCGCCCACACAUACACACCCGACAGUCCAAUAAUAGCAAGAGACGACCUCCACCGCGUGUCCCAUGUGCGAUGUUCAGCGGUGACUCGGGCGUGAAGUAGUUUGCAGUGAUGUAGACUUGAAUAGUACCUGCCCUACUCUCUCCUACUCCACCCACCUCGCUCUGACGGCGAGACAAUGUCAAGACGAUCAGGGGGGGACGUGAGCGCAGUGAGUAACACAGUCAACCACGCGUGGCACGUACGACCUGUUCCCACCCCAGACUCACCAGCCUACCGUGAGUACGGUUUAGAUUUCGGAAUACGAUACGGGUUCUAAACAGCAGGAGUCAUCGCAGUCUGACCACCAAUCCUGAGAUGGACCGAGUUAUCCCGUCAUUUCGCAACCAUCCAGGACACGACUCUUAAUGCGUCGUGGUAGAGUUAAGUGGGUCAGAUUUAUUAUAGUGAUGGGUGCACUUAUUUGUCAUGGCGAUUGAUUCCCACAUGUCGACCUCCCUCUGUUUUUGCUCUCCCGUGCACUAGUCUACCGUCCGAGCCUGUCAAGCAGCUCUUUUUGCGAUUGUGCCCAGUGAUCGAAAAAGCUAAACAGUCCGUCUACGUGUAACAUACGCGACCUCGUUCCCACUUUAUGCAUCAGGCUGUUCCGGAGGACUUGCUUCCCACUUAUGGGAGAUGCGCAUGUUCUCAUACGUGAUGUUUUGUCCUUCGUAUUGGCGACGGCUAAAUGGAUAGCAUGCCUGCUGAAGAAGAAAGAGGCAUGGUGUUAAGUAGGUGAAAUGCAUUCCGCGUUGUCGCGUGUGUUCAUAUGUAGCGAAGGGCUGCGUGUAUGUGUGUGUGCGUGUGUGUAUGGGGUGUAGGGGUGUCCAGCGGUGGUUUCACGUGACGGUCGUAGUAGGUCGCUCACUUGCUUGCAGAUGCAGAUUAAACCUAGCGUUUAUUUGUUGGCAUCCAACUUUCAACUGUGGCUCCCCGAUGCUAGGCUCUGCGUAGCGGCCACAUCCUGGUAACCGCCUCGUCCAGCGGGCUAAACCAGGUGAGAAUAUCCGCCUGGCACACCGCAGGAGGCCACAAGCUUACGACGAUGUCGUACGCUCUCCAGGCAAUUCGGGUCCUUCAUCCACUACACCAAAGACGCGGCCCAUAGUGGAGUUCGGCAGCACCUGACACUACUGAACAGCCCUGUUUAGGGUGGCACUGUUCACUCCGCGGGGAAAGGAGCUAGGAAAGGUGCCCUAAACAAGUGCUUGGGAACCGCGCCGUCUGCACACUGACCGUGGCCGCAGACGUUAAACUCACGGUCGAAACAACCAAUAAAGAAACAGCAACAACACACCCUUCUCGUCCUCCUCCUCCUCCUCCUCCUCCUCCUCCUCCUCCUCCUCCCCCUCCUCCUCCUCCUUCUUAUUCUUCCUCUCCUCCCCGCCGCCUCACUCGCCAGACUGGUAUGGUGGGUCUGCUCACUCUAGCAGUCUGGAGUGUUAGUUCCCUUCUAGACAAUCCGAGGAGCAACCGACCGUAACGUAGGACGGCGCUAGUGGCUCUGGAACUGGCGCGCUACAAAGUGGACAUCGUCGCAUUCCGAACAAGGCCAACUAGAGGAGGUGGGCGCCGGAUAUAUCUUCUUCCGGAGCGGUCUCCCCAAGGCAGAACGACGGGACGUGGGCGUCGCCUUUGCCAUUCGGAACAACAUCGCGGGACGACUGUUCUGUCUGCCGCACGGCAUCAGCGAUCGCCUGAUGAGCCUCUCCAAGGAGGCAAAUUUGCCCCGUCGCCAGCGUCUACCUUUCCCCGGUGAUCAGCCUUGA